UCGCCUUCGCCCUCGCCGAGCUGCUGCUGCUGCUGCCCCGCCGCCGCCGUCUCCCUCACCACCACCACCUCCCCAGCCUGCCUGCGGCCCGAGCUGGUGGCCCGGCUGAGUCCUAGCCCUGCCCGCCUUGGAGGGUCCUCGUGCAACGGGGGACCCGGAGAGAGGGAGGAGGACGAGGAGGACGUCCCGGGCAGCUGCUCGGGGGACCCGGCCAUGGCACUCGACUUCUUAGCUGGAUGCGCCGGGGGUGUGGCCGGCGUGCUGGUGGGACACCCCUUUGACACGGUCAAGGUCCGGCUCCAGGUACAGAACCCAGAGAAGCCUCAGUAUCGGGGGACCCUACACUGCUUCCAGACCAUCAUCCGGCAGGAGAGUGUGCUGGGCCUAUACAAGGGCCUAGGCUCCCCGCUCCUGGGGCUCACGUUCAUCAACGCGCUGGUGUUCGGGGUCCAGGGCAACACGCUGCGCGCCCUGGGCCGAGACUCCCCGCUCAAUCAGUUCGUGGCAGGCGCGGCCGCUGGCGCCAUCCAGUGCGUGGUGUGCUGCCCCAUGGAGCUGGCCAAGACGCGGCUGCAGCUGCAGGACGCGGGCCCUGCGCGGCGCUACCGUGGCUCCCUGCACUGCCUGGCACACAUCUACCGGCAGGAGGGCGUGCGGGGCGUCAACCGCGGCAUGGUGGCCACGCUGCUGCGGGAGACGCCCAGCUUCGGCGUCUAUUUUCUCUCCUACGACGUGCUGGUGCGCGCGCUGCGCUGCGAGCCGGGCGAGCCGCUGCUCCUGGCCAAGCUGCUGCUGGCGGGCGGCUCCGCGGGCAUCCUGUCCUGGCUCUCCACCUACCCGCUGGACGUGCUCAAGUCGCGCCUGCAGGCCGACGGGCUGCGGGCCGCCCCGCGCUAUCGCGGGCUGCUGGACUGCGCGCGCCAGUCGUACGAGGCCGAGGGCUGGCGCGUCUUCACCCGUGGCCUCACGUCCACGCUGCUGCGGGCCUUCCCCGUCAACGCGGCCACCUUCGCCACGGUCACCGUGGUGCUGUCAUACGCGCGCGGGCCCGACAGUGCGGGGCCCGACGGCGAGACGGCCUCCCCGGCGCCUGCACUGACGCAGAGGUCUAGCUUGUGAAUGAGCGCAGGGGUGGGGAGGGGUCCCCAGCACCUUCUCCAGCGGCCUCGCUCCAGCACAUCGGCCCCCCACAAGGCCCGCCUCGUCCAGUUCAGUGUCGGGGUUCAGAGACUAUGUCUGGUGCGGUUCCCUGCUGCCGGU